AAUAAAAGAAUAGCAAAAAUAACUUUCAUCAAAUGACUUGUCUUAUCAUACAUGACAACAUUAACAUUACUACUAUUAGUAAUAAUCAUAAUCACAAUAAUAAUAAUAAUAAAUAUAUAUGGAUGUGAUAAAGAGAAAUCUCUACAAAAACUAUUUAUCAUCACUGCACAAAAGAGAAGUACUGUGAAAUAUACUACCCAGAACUACGAAAUCAAUAAUCUAAAGAAAAUCACUAUAUGAUCGAUAUCGUGGAUUUCUUGGAAGAAGGAAACAAAGCAGAUAUAUCAUCACAACGGAAUGAUUUAUCCUGCAGCUCAGCGGCCAUUAUAUCACAGGAAAGAUUUACUUCUCUUACAGAAUUCCAUCUAAAACCAUUGAAUGAGAAUCAAUGUGAUCAAUAUCAUCAAUUGUUAGAAGGGAGUAAAGAAUUACCAGAAAAUUCAAACUUACAAGAAUUAUCUUCCUUGUUCAAUGAAAGAAUCAGUCAUCUAAGGAACAAUAAUAAUCACCACAAUCAUACAUUUAUCUACAGAAAUAGAGUGAUAUUCAUUGGAUUACUCAUUAUAACGUGUUGCAUAAUCUUUCCAGCAAUCUUCUUCGUAUGCUAUACUGCAUUACACUGUCAAAUCAAACAAGAUGGCUUAAAUGAAACUAUGACAACAAACAGAUUCAUUUCAGAUGAAUCAAGUUAUUAUAUUUUGAAUAAUAAUAAUAAUACCAAUUUGUUGAAUUCACUUCAUACAUUAACUUUCCCAUCAGCUUUUCCUACUUCAACUAAUGAUACUACUUUCAUCAACAGUUCCCUUUUAAAUAUUUCAAAAAUUGAAACAUUGAACCAAUCAAAUUUUAGUUCAGUAAAACAAAAUCCAGUGAAUUUAGAUUUUGGUAUUUUUGAUGAACCAAGUGAAAAAGAAUACGAAAAUGUGAUCAGAUUUUUAAAAUUAAAAUUCAAUAACUUUUAUGCAUAUACCAAAAGCGAUCAAGAUAUCUCUUUAGAUAAUAAAUCAUGGUCAGAACAGUUUCGUAUGAAUAUUCUAUGGAGUUUAAGCUUACACAUACCCAACAAGAAGGAACGUACAGCAUACUUCAAUAGAUUAUUAUUAUUUAAGAAACAAGCUGUCUUCAAAAGAUACGGGAUAGUAAUCAUUUUGUGCGGUUCAUGCAAAAGAAUACCUCAGAUAAGAGAGUAUUUAGUUGGUCCAUUAAGUCAACCAAUCAAAUUGAAACUUUUAAAUAUUUAUCCAUUUUAUAAACGACCUUUAACAAAUAUUGAAUAUAACGCCAUAUUGGAUUUUUUAACAAUUCAAACAAAUCGAAUUGAUCAUAUUAUACAAGAUGCCUAUUCAGCAAGUUAUUUUAUGCAAAAUCCAUUGAAUAAUUUUUGGUUAUUGAAGAAUAGAACAAUGAAUGAAAGUAAAUCACUUUGUCAAAAGCAAAACUACAAGAACAUUGAUAAUGUUAAUGGUAGACCGAAUUGUCUGAUUCCAACGUUUGCUUCACCUUUAGUAACAAAUCAAACACCUAGGAGGCGAUGCAUUUGGAUACGACUAUCCAGAGAGGUAGCACCUUUCAUACAGUAUCCUGUAGAUGUACAGUUUUAUGGCUUUCCGGCAAUGCAUACAUACUGUGGCGUAUCCUACUGAUAAUAUUUAUCAGUAGUAUUUAAAGAGACAUUCAUCAGCAUAAACGCAUCAAACUGCACGGAGAUAUAUUUGAUAUCACAGAAAACAAAUGAAUCAGCAAUGCGGAGAUACAUGGGAGAUGUGAGAGGAACAAAAAGAAGAACAGAACACAGGAAAGACAGAAGUAGCACAACAUGGAAGAUCUGUGCAGUUUGUGAUUUUAAGAAAAGGUGUAGACAGUAUGGCUAUAUAUAGAGAUACCAAACUCCAAAUAAACAU